AUGACGCGGACAGAACUUCAGCACGCUGAUUCCAUCCACGAGGAGGAUCCUCACAACGAACCUCCGAAGAAACAGAAGAGCAGACGCCCCGCAAACACCGCGUUUCGGCAGCAGAGGCUGAAGGCAUGGCAGCCUAUUCUGACGCCCAAGACUGUCCUUCCCCUCCUCUUCGCCGUCGGCAUCAUCUUUGCCCCUAUCGGCGGUCUCCUUCUAUGGGCGAGCGCAAGUGUGCAAGAACUGAGGAUUGAUUAUACCGACUGUAUUUCAACCGCAGGCAGCGACUUCACCCAGAUCCCCGAAGCCAAAGUCCACUCGUCCUUCAAGACCUCCGAUAACACAGUGAGACCCGAAUGGAAGAGAACAACGAGGAGGACAACCCCGCCUUGGAGCGUUGCGAUCGAUGACACACCUGUUUGUACGCUUCAAUUCUCGAUUCCCAACGACAUUGGUCCUCCAGUUUACCUGUACUAUCGCCUGACGAAUUUCUAUCAAAACCACCGGAGAUAUGUGAAGUCGCUUGAUACCGAUCAAUUGAAGGGGCAGGCUCUCAGCAAUCACACGAUCAGCAACAGCGCCUGCAAUCCGCUCAAAUUGAACCACGAAGGCAAGGCCUAUUACCCAUGCGGACUGAUCGCGAACUCCAUCUUCAAUGACACCCUAAAUUCUCCCAACCUCGUGAAUGCGGCGGGGGAUAAGCCUGCGCAACCGUACGUUAUGACGAACCGGAGCAUUGCUUGGGGCUCCGAUGCAUCACUUUACAAGAAGACGAAGUACACCAACGAGCAAGUGGCUCCGCCUCCCAACUGGAUCAAACGUUAUCCAAACUAUACCGAUGAACACCCUAUCCCAGAUUUGUCGCAAUACGAAGAGUUCCAGGUCUGGAUGAGAACAGCCGGUCUGCCCACGUUCAGCAAAUUGGCCUUGCGCAAUGACAAUGAAACCAUGACCGCCGGCAUCUAUCAGAUGGAGAUAUUUGACUUCUUCCCGGUCACCGUGUAUGACGGCACCAAAAGCAUCUUGAUCUCGACAAGAUCCGUGGUCGGUGGCAAGAAUUCCUUCUUGGGCAUUGCUUACGUCGCGAUUGGCGGGUUGUGCAUCGUUCUCGGUGCACUAUUCACCCUCGCACAUUUGAUCCGACCCAGAAAACUCGGCGACCAUACGUAUCUGUCCUGGAACAACGAUACUCCGGCGACCGGAAUUCUUGCCACUGGUCGCGACAUUCGACCUGGAGGGUCUUGA